AUGGCGGAGAGAAUUUUUUGCGAAAAGACGAAAAUUUGGUGCAUUUUUAGUUGGAGCUUGGUUUUGGGAUUGUCGACUUUGAGCAGCGUGGUUUUUGUUCCAAGCUCAUUUUUCUCCAACGCGGAAAACAUUCUGAAUGUUCUGUUUGUCAAGUGGGCUUGGGGAUGGACGCUUUACUCGCUUUUUCCCGCGGUGGUGUUAGUCAGCUGGGCGCUCAGGGACGAUUUUCGACAAAACUCGAUCAGAGCGAUUUUGAAAAUUGGCGUUUUUGGAACCCUUGUGUGGUUUUUAGGAACCCAGUUCACUUUCAAGCUCGGCGAUUUGACUGGCACCUGUCGAGACGCUAAUUUCAGUGCUGUCAGCUCUUAUGCGACAAAACGGUUGUGCCGCUCAAAUGGCCAUACUUGGGAUCAUUUCGACAUUUCCGGACACACUUUUCUGCUCUCCUGGUGCAUUUAUUUGACCAUCGCCGAACUGUUUUAUCCUGCUAGAGAAUUCUUCAAAAGAACGCAUUCCUUCAUCCUCGAAGUUUUAACCGUCCUGGCGAUUGCUUGGAAUUUUCUUCUAGUACUACUGUGGCUUGUUAUGCUUGUCGCCACCCAGCUUUAUUUUCACACCUUUGCGGAAAAAGUCCUGGCGAAGCUCCUGUGCGACGUUUUCUUCAUUUUCUACCGCCUGGCCGGUGAUCUCGUGAAUCGACUUUUGCCCUUGUCAAAAGCCAAGAACUACUAG